AUGUCCUAGGCGACCUAGAUAUUUCAUUUUUAAAAUGAAUGAUGAAAAGGCAGAGCUAGAGCAAAGUCUGCAAGCCAGUCAAUUGUCAAAUUUAAACAAAUUAACACAAUCCUCAAUAAUUUUACCAAGUUGCAGUGUCCAGAACAAAGCUGUUUUCUUCAAACUCAAAGCUAAUACUUCCAUUAUCUCUUCAAAUUUAACAAGACUGAAAAAUUUGCUUCCUAAAAUUAGUUCAGAUUCAGUUGCAGGUUGUAAUCAAAAUGAGUCUUUUCAAAUGCAGUGUGUUUCAGAUUUAAAUAAAAAUGAGUCAUUAAAUAAUGAAUUUUCAUCAACACCCACUUUUAUGGCUAAUCAACAGUAUCAAUCAGCAGUAAACAAAGAUGACACAACUCAAGUUAAUGUUGAUCUUCAAAAGACAACAAAAAAUAAUAAAAUCGUUGAGGUUUUGCUCAGCCAAUAUGACACCAAUUUACCAGAGGAAAACUUUGAUAAAAAUGAUACAGAAAUGGGUGUUCUAGAAGAAUCAGAAGUACCACAAGUUCUGUUGAAUAGUAUUCAGUCUAAUAACCCAGAAAUGCUUGAGAGUCAAGUCUCAUAUUUAUCCCUUGAUUCAACAUGUGAUAAAGACAUAAAUAAUAAAGUUGUCAAAAAAACAAAGAUAGAAGCAUAUGUGAAAAUGGUUGUCUGCAGAAAAAUUACUAUUCAAAAAGUGCUGGCUCAUUCUGGACAAGUUUUGGAAACCAAAGUAAAAACUGAAGAAGAAGAACCUGUCAUUCUUGAUGUGGAUUGUGUUGAAACUGAAGACAUGUUAACUGACUCAGCAGAACUUUCAUUUGACAAUGCUGCAGAGCUUGCUGCUUCCAAAUGGUCAUCUCUCGAUGGAGGAUUAAAAUUUUUAAGUGCAGUAUCUGAAAGUAGGCAGAAAAUAGGGAAGAACUGUAUCAAAGACAAAAUUCUUGAAUCAUCUUUGAAGAAUAUUUCUAAAUUAAUAGAAUCAGCCUCUCAGAAAGAGCAAGUGUAUGAAAGUCCUUCUGAGGAAUAUCAAGUAGAGGUUUGCAUGAAAAAAGAAAGCAAUCUCCCUAUAAAAGAAGAGCAUGUUACUGACAGUGAACAUGAGGAUUGGAAUGAAGAAUUGAAUGACGAUAGUGAAGACUAUGUGCCUGUUGGGCAUUCUCUUAAAAAAUCAUUAUCAAAAAAUCAGACUCAUAAUGACCAAACAGAUCACUGUGAUAAACCUGUGACAAAUGAGAAUUCAAUAAUAUUAAUUCCUAAAAAAAGGGGUCGUAAAAGAAAAUGGGAUAAUGCUUUAGGUAUGUCAUCAAAUCUUAGGUCCUGUGUAUUUUGUAACAAGCAUUUCAAUACCACGACUGCAUGCUCUGAGCAUAUGAAACUAGGUACUUGCAUAUCUUCAGUGUUCUGUUUCAUAUGUUCCAAACCCUAUAAUAGUGAAAAUGAGCUAGAAAAGCACCUUGAAGCACAUUGUAAUGAUAAAAAGCCCAGAAUCUAUGAGUGCAUUGACUGCAAUCGUUCCUACAGAACACAUGCUGGUUAUGAGAAGCAUUUUCGAAUGGGUACUUGUCUCAAAAGAGAUGACUUUGAAGAUGUCCAAACUGGUUCUCUUCAAUGUGAUCUCUGUCCUUCUCGCUUCAGUACACAAGCCUAUCUCAGGUUGCAUCGCUAUAAGGUCCAUGAAAAUCCAAAAGACAUUCACACAUGCCUUGACUGUGGAAAAAAGUUUUAUAGUUCUAUUGGCUAUAAUAAACAUAAAAAUGGCAGGCCAUGCUCAGAGCCCUUGAAGUGUUUAAUUUGUGGCAAAACAUAUUCUAGCAAAGCCAAAGAAAGUUUUAAAAUACACAUGAAGCACCAUAAAACUGAAAUUGGAGGUAUCACUUUUAACUGUGAUGAAUGUGGUAGAGGCUAUAUGACCCAGAUGGCACUAAAAAAGCACAAACUCUCUCACACAGGUGUUAAGCCAUAUAAAUGUGAAACUUGUGGGAAAGCUUUUGCGAUGAGGUACAUGGUCAAAGAUCAUGCAAGAACUCACACAGGGGAGCGACCCUAUCUCUGCAGUUUGUGUGGUAAUGCAUUUAGCAACAAAGGUCAUCUUGGUAGGCAUUUAAGGUCGCAUGAAAAUAGAACUUUACAAAAGCGAGGUAGGCCUAAAAAAAUAAGGUUGCCAGUUGUCAGUGAAGGGCAUGAAACUGAAUUGAAAAUAAUCAAUUUGGGUCAAGCAUUGCAAAUGCAAGGUCUUGAAGGUCAGUCAAUACAGGUAGUGAACAGCCAGUUGUUUGACUCCCAUUCAUCUGGGCAACCCAUGAUUAUUCAAACCAAUGAUAACACUAUAAUUAUAGCAGAAGGGUGGCCUCCACAAAAUAUUGUUAAUCCAGCAAUAUCAUUGCCAAACUCUUAGUCUAUUACAUGAGAUAAGUUAUGUCAUUUUGUUUUCAUUUAGUAUUAAGAUGCGAUUUGUGUUUUUUUUUAUAAGGAUUUUAAAUUGCAUGCUCAGAUUUUGGUUAAUCAUGACGUUUUGUCUCAUUGUACUUUCAAAAUAAAGUAUGCUGUAUGUUUUCAAUUUUUGUGUGUGUGUGUGUAAGAAAGUUGGCUAGUUGGUAUAAAGACUAAAGUCAAAUAAAUCAUGCACAUUUUCAAAUGAAAAUGUGAAUUCCCAAAUUAAAAAAAACAAUUAAAUGUUGCCUUUAUUACAUAAUCUAUUGUUAUUGUUUUCAUAUUACAUUACUGUAUAACUGAAUUUAAAACUAAAGUUGGUGUAUUUGAUGUAUGUAUUAUGCCAGCCUAUAUCACUUAGUUACCACUUGUACUGGUAUUUGUAAUUGACAGAAACUUUGAAAUUAAAACUUCAACAUUUUAGUUGUGCACAUCCCCCUCAACACUGUCAUAGUAUAACCUUUUCAUUAAGGGCUUUCAAAUUAUAACCUUUUCAUGUAGGGCAGUCAAAUUAUAACCUUUUCAUUUAGGACUGUCAAAUUAUAACCUUUUCAUUUAGGGCUGUCAUUUUCUAAUAUUUUUUUUAAAAAUCUUUUUGUUGAACCAGUACAAUGCAGUGAAGUUAUUACCUACUUUAAUUGAUUGUUAUUCAAAUGUAAAUGAGUGUCAAUAAUUAUUGCAUAUUUUACAAUGCAAAUUUAUUAAAAUAAAAAAAAAAACAGACUUAAUAUCAAAUGAA